CGGGGCUGCGUAAUAUCUCCACAAGCUGUCGGGAAGGGCUGAUCGAGAAAAUGCGGUCAUACAGCCAAUGUUUACACUGUUAUCAAUGUACAAACUUCAAAGAUGUACUUUUUCCUUAUUUGUUCCAUAAUGCUGCAAUUCAUUUAGCAAUAUUUGAAAACGUUUGCAGAAAUAUAGAAUUUAACAGUCAAAUUACUUAGUAUAGCACAUAAGUGAACGGAAGGCUUUCCUUCUUGGCCCCUCCCACAUUCACUGUCUCCUAGCAGCGGAGCCCUGAUCUCUUUGCUGAUUGGUCCAUUUCCAACAAUCCGCCAUAUUCAAACUUCCUCAGCGUUGUGUGUGGAUGUGCUCUGUUGUCAUCGAGUGGCUUUCUGUAACAAUCCUAGUCGAUUCCACAAUUGGCUCCGCAAACCUAUACUCGCAAGCGAUUUUAAACCCAAGUCUGUCGAAAAAAUGGAAGAAAGCGAGGAAGUAAACGGGGGGACGUUGGGGGGAAAGGCCAAGCUCCGUCGGACGUCAUCGAGGUUGUCCAGCGACAGUGUUAUCGGUGCAGCGACGUCGCCACAAAGUCUACGGAGAAACAACUACAAAAAACCUCCAUUGCAGAGAGGCAGCUCCUUCACCUUUCUCACUCCAGGGACGCCUUGGGACUUCAGUCUGAAGAGAAAACGCAAAGAGAAGGACGACGACACGGUCAGCUUGUCCAGUUUCGACCUGAAGGAGCCCACGACCAAGCGAGGAAGACCGCUAGCUCGAGUGUCCUCCCUCGUCAACUUCAUAUCUCCUUCCAAGAAUGGCGCCAUGCGACGUUUCGGCCAGACCAUCCAGACCAUGUCGCUGCGUGGGGACACCAAGUCUCCCGGAGCGUCCCUCAAAGGCGGCAGCAAGGCGGUCGGCCCCACCCCCUGCAAGCGGAGGAAGAGCACCUUGUGGUCAGAGACGCUGGACGUCCACCAGAAGAGCUCCUUCUCCUCCAAAGAGAUCAAGAGACAAGAGGCUAUUUAUGAGCUCUUCAGGGGAGAGCAGGAUCUCAUCGAAGAUCUCCAACUUGCACGAAAGGCUUACCAUGACCCCAUGCUCAAGCUCUCCAUCAUGACUGAGGAGGAAUUGGCCCACAUCUUUGGAGACCUGGACGCAUACAUCCCCCUGCAUGAAGAUCUUCUAAUGAAGCUGACAGAAGGAACGGGUUCUGAUGGGACGGUAGCUGAGAUAGGACAGAUAGUGAUAGACUGGCUUCCAGGCCUGAAUGCUUACAAGAACUACUGCAGCAACCAGCUGGCAGCCAAAGCGCUGCUGGACCAGAAGAAGCAGGACCGGCGGGUCCAGGACUUCCUGCAGCGCUGCCUGGAGUCGCCCUUCAGCAGGAAGCUGGACCUGUGGAGCUUCCUGGACAUCCCGCGCUCGCGCCUGGUCAAAUACCCGCUGCUGCUGAGAGAGAUCCUCCGACACACUCCUGCAGACCACCCCGACCUUGCCACCCUGGAGAGAGCCAUUACGAUAAUCCAGGAGGUUUUGUCAGACAUCAACGUGAGGAAGGGCGAGUCAGACUGCCGGUACUACAUCGACAAGCUGGAGUACUUGGACGACAAGCAGCGGGACCCUUUGAUUGACAACUGCAAGACCCUUUUGUGUCACGGGGAGCUGAGGAACAAGAGCGGCUCGAGGCUGCACGUGUUCCUGUUCUCUGAACUGCUGGUUCUGACCCGACCGGUGACGCGGAACGACAGGAGCUGCUUCCAGGUGUACAGACAGCCUAUUCCAGUUCGGGACUUGGCGCUGGAAGACCUGCAGGAUGGAGAGAUUCGCAUGGGGGGCUCCUUUCGGGGGGCUUUUACCAAUGGAGAGAAAGCUAAGUAUAUUUUCCGUGUCAGCUCGGCGGAUGCGGCCCGCGGGCAGUCGCACACGCUGCACGUCAACGACGUCUACCACAAACAGCAGUGGCUCAACUGCCUGCGCACCGCCAUGGCCCGACACGGAGCUCCUCCCGGCCGAGCCCGGCGCCACUCCUCCGUCCCCGAUCACGGCAACAGUUCGCCCGCGCCCCCGGGACCUCAACUCAGGCCGCAGAUGCUCUCCAAAAGCAGACAGGAGCAUCAGAGGUCACGGAGUUCCAUAACCAGGAAAGAGACUGGAGUGUAGCGAUAAAAGACACACAUCAAGCCACUCAUUUAAUUUCUAUACUGGUAGCAAACACAAAAAAAAAGGUAAUUUCCGUCCAGGUAUGUAAGAAGCUCGUCUCUUUGCCGUGGAGUUGGGUUUUACUUUGUUUUAUCACUUACUUUUGUACUACUGCAAAUGAUUCUUUAAAAAAGAGCAAUGAUUUGAUGUGAUCAGAGGAACAACUCUGAGAAAAAUAAAACAUUUACUUUGUUCUUUUAAAAAAAAAAAAAAAAAAACCUUCUGACUGAUUUGUAUUUCGAUGCAGGCUAACAUCUUCUCAUGGACGCCGAGCCGAGCACUGGAACCCGGGAACUCGUGAAACUAGACUUCCUGGCUCCGACAAGUGAAUCAUGAACCUGACGUGCGCGCACGGGUUUAGUGAGUCUGGUAGGUGGACUUGUUGCACAUGUGACGUAGACGCCGCAUAUAGCGUUGGGUCAUACGUCCAUGUUGCCGCCAUGUUGCCCAUAUUGUGGCAGAACGGAGAAGAUGCCGAAUUGAUAUUCUGUAUCGCCCUGUACCAACUGCUUUACAGUCCAAACAAGAUCUCAAAACUACAGUCAAACCUGUCUUAGCGGCCACCUUUAUAGAACGGCCACCUGCCUAUAGCACCCACUGAAAAAUCCCCCGCAGCAAAUUUACAUGUUAUAGACCCUGUGUAUAGCAGUCACCUGUCUAACACGGCCAGCGGCCACCCAUUUUGUCUCCCUUGGUCAAUAUCUGACUGCAUAUAG